AUGAAAUUUGGAAAGUAUCUUGAAGAACGGAAAACACAACUCCCUUUAACCUGGAAUAACCAUUGUAUCGACUACAAUACUCUAAAACUUUUUAUCAAGCAUCACAUUUCGUUGCAUACAUUGAAUUUAAGCACCUUUUCAUCACGAGUGCCAGAUGAUGAACGAAGAAAUAUAAAACUUAGUGAGAGCGAACAAAUAUUCACGUGGAAACCAAUUAAUUCUGAACAGCCUAGUUUUUCUCAAUUAAUCUCGUCACGUUUGGCAUCAUUACAAGUGAAAAUCGCGGAAUUUUUGGAGUUACUUGACGUUGAAACACAGAAAGUUUCAGGUUUUUAUAACGAUCAAUCCUCAAAGCUUCUCGAUGCAUAUCAACAACAAGACAUCAAAGAAAAUACACUCGGGAAUUUACUUCAAUCGAUUGUUAAAUUGGAAGAUUUUAUUUUUCUCAAUUAUACUGGACUAACGAAAAUAUUAAAAAAACAUGAUAAACAUUCCGGCCUUAAUAUCAGUGAAGCCUAUUUGUAUCGAGUAUCAUUGCUUCCAUUUGCCGAAUCUAAUCAACUCUCUUCUUUGAAGAAAAAAUUGAUGAAUGAAUUUAUUGCGACAAUUGGUGGAAAAUCUAUAACAAACCGAAGCCAGCCUUCGAUUUCAAUAAAAAGUAAUGUUUCUACGGCGAAUAAUGAAUUAUUUCCGCCCACAGCUUUGCUUCCGAAUCAAAAAGUGCUAAUUACUUUGACGGGACCACACGGGACUGAUAUUAUUGGCUGUGUGUUGGAAUGUGUCGCUGUACAUGAUUGUGAAAUUGAGGAUUUUAUGUUCUCUCGUUUGUAUCAUAAUGUCACUUUUGGAGUCCUUAUCACUUUGACAUCUAAUAGCGUUGAACUAUUUCGUGAUCUCGCUCAAGGUGCACGAAAAUGGGAUGGUACUUUAGCCUUCGAUGUUCACAACGUCGAAAAACCAUUAUCUCAAUCUCUCGAAGAUGCUCCUUAUGAUAAUCGUACUAAAUACGCGGCAACAAUUCUAAAUCAAAACGGACUUACUGCUAAGUUUUUGGAUGAAUGGACCAAAAUUCUGUUAGAUGCUAAAAUUUCCGUAGAAAAAAUGCAGAGAUUGAACGAAGGAAAAAUUUCUUGUGUUGAUUAUAAACUUUCCGUGCCGCUGGGAACCAAUUUCGAAAAACUUCGAGAACAAUUAUUCCAGUUCAGCAGAGAUCAUGGAACUGAUGUUGCUCUUCAACCUUAUGAUGUGUUUAGACGGCAUAAAAGGUUGGUGGUGUUUGAUAUGGAUUCCACGUUAAUUCAGCAAGAAGUCAUUGAUGAAAUUGCAAGAAUAGCGGGGGUUGUCGAUAAAGUAGCGACAAUAACAGAAGCGGCUAUGAAUGGAGAGAUUGACUUUAAAGAAUCGCUUCGGCGUCGCGUAAAACUCUUGCAAGGCACUCCGGUCAAUGUUUUCCAAACCGUCAAAGAAAACCUUACGUUUACUGAAGGAACGCAUUUUCUUUGCCGAGCAUUGAAAAAGCUCGGAUUUAAACUCGCGGUUAUUUCUGGUGGCUUCACUCCCCUUGCUCGAUAUGUCAAACAUGAAUUGGGAUUGGAUUACGCGUUUGCUAAUCAGCUUAAAGUAUCGUCUGAUGGACUUACUCUCACCGGUGAAACAGUUGGCCCAAUUGUUGAUGGAGAACGAAAGGCCGAGCUUUUAGAAGUAAUCGCACAAGCGGAAAGUGUAACACUCGAUCAAGUAAUUGCAGUUGGAGACGGUGCAAAUGAUUUAUGGAUGCUGGGAAAAGCUGGUCUAGGGAUCGCAUUCAAUGCUAAACCGCGGGUCCAAGAAAAGGCACGAACAAGAAUCAAUCAACAUAGUUUGAAAUAUGUUUUAUAUCUUUUGGGAUACACCGAAGAAGAAUGUAGACAAUUAUAUUUAAGCGAAUGA